AUGCCUAAGAAAAGGCAGCAUCUCAAAUCAUUCAAGCCAACCCCGACGGCAUCUCCGGCGCCUGGGUCUUCGUCCAACGCAGCUGGCAAGACUUCUAGGAGCGUCAACGAGCUUCUGGCCAAUUUGCGGCACGCCUCCCUUGGCCCAGAAGCUCCGCGACAACAACUACCAAUAGUCACACCGUCUGUGCCGCCAGCCCUCAGGGAAAUACUGCAGAUCCCAGAGAGUCCACUCCCCGCACCCAGACGGCAGCACAGGCAGAGGAUUGACAACAAUGGCCGCCGUCUCCCAGCCGGCCCACCUCCCCCUCGAAGCUGGGUCACUGCCAGGAGCGGUGUUACGAAUCGCGAGGGCCAACUGUCGCGUUCGACGGUGAACCGGUGCGGUCUGGUUGAUUCGACUUUGCCCGGCACUUACCUGCCAGCCUCCCGGAGUCUCAUUGAUGUCACCCUCAGGAGGAUUGCUGCUGACUGGGACAUCCAUCGGGAGUUUAAUCAGUACCAUCUGUAUUACAUACCCUCACAUCUCAAGUCGGCACUGAUUCGAUGGAUCGGAAUUGCAAGCCCGGAUGGUUUAUCGCUUGAUGACUUGAAAUUGAUACUCAUCCCUUUUGAAAUUUAUGAAGACGAGGAGGGCGAGGAUGCCUCUGAAUAUCACACCGCUGUUAACGCUGAAGUGAAUUAUCUAGACUUAUCGGGAGCUCUGGGACGCUCUUUGACUCUCAAAGAAGUCUCUGAGCUUCUAUAUCCGCCUAAGAAACAGAUGGACUUGGCUGAAACCCAAGAAUCUUGGGAUGAAAGCGAAAUCAUCCCAAGCCCUCCGAGAGUGCUGCUGCCAAACCUCACGCAUCUAUCGCUUGCCCUCGACCCACAGCUAGCCUCAGAAGCAUCAUGGAAGCAGCUGCUGGCCUUGUCGUCGAAGCUCACCACCAUCACCCAUUUGAGCCUUGCCUACUGGCCUGACCCGUGCCUUACUCCGCGGGCGCGUCUCUCUACCGUGACUACGCCACAAGGCCAGAGCGUCGCUUACGGAGGGACGAACUAUUACUCUCAUUCCAUCGAUCAUGACUGGAGCGAGGCUCUGCUAGUUCUUAGAAUGCUAAGCAGAAACCUAUACGCACUGGAGUUUCUCGACCUUACGGGGUGUGCGCCGUGGUUCAAGGCUCUAAUGCUACGCUCGGAGCAUGAUUUUGUGGACUGGGUCGGGGCAUGGGGGAAAGUGACGCUACUACGAAUAUACACUGGGUGGACGCCUGGGGAGGAUGCCCUUCCUUCCGAGUGGAUCGCUUAUCGCGAAGCUCUCGAGGUAGCUACUAAUGUGGAGAGACAUAUCAGAACUGCACGGGCGGGGAAAGGCAGAAUCAUUACAGUGGAGAGGAAUAAGCUGGAUCAAUAG